AUGGCAUCUGACAAACAAGAAGGUGAGGUUAUCACUUCGGUACUAAGCAGUGAGCAAAUAGCAGAACUUCAUGACGUCAAAAGCAGAGAUCUGGCUAUGGGGAAGGCAGACGAAGCUGCCCAGUUGGAAGUGGACGCGUCUUCCGAUCGGCGUCUCUUGUGGAAAAUCGACCUCAUUCUGUUAACUGUGAUCUCGCUAGUAUCGGCGUUUCAGUACAUGGACAAAUCAUCUAGUAACUACUCCUCUGUGAUGGGCAUCAAGAAAGACCUUAAGAUGGUUGGCAAUCAAUACAGCUGGGUCGGUACUUCAUUCUACCUUGGGUUUCUGGUCUUCGAAGCCCCAUGCUCUUGGACUCUGCAGCGUUUCCCGCUGUCCAAAAUCACGAGUGCUUACAUUAUCGCAUGGGGCUUGCUGCUGUGUCUGACCUCCCUUGUAAAGUCUUUCCCAACUUUUAUUUUGACUAGAACAUUACUGGGUGUGCUAGAGUCAUCAAUUACACCGGCCAUGGUACUGUUUAUGUCCCAAUGGUACAAAAAAGAAGAACAGUUUUUCCGAACCUCUAUUCUGGUUGCCUGCAAUGCCGUUGGCGGAUUAGUUGGUGCCUCGGUAUCCUACCGCUUGUACGAGCGCCAGCUUGCUGGAUCGCUGUCCAUGGAUGCAUGGAGGAUUUUGUUCAUUGUUGUUGGACUGAUCACCAUUGUUACUGGUCUUAUGGUCUUGUUCAUUAUACCCGACACUCCGUCCCAAGCGUGGUGGUUAAACAAAACCGAAAAACUUCAUGUUAUCCAGCGAAUCCGGUCAAACAAGCAAGGUUUUGGCAAUCGGCACUUCAAAAAAGAACAGGUUUACGAGGCUUUGGUUGAUCCCCGUCUUUAUCUCUAUUUUUUUCUUCAAGUUUCUGUUGCUAUUCCUAACGGUGGGUUCUCCAACUUCAAGGCUUUGAUGAUCGCAGGCUUAGGUUAUGGUAAGGGAAAAGCACUACUGAUGGGAAUGCCUACUAGUGCAGUCUCUAUAGUUGGGAUGAUCUUUUUUGGCUAUCUCUCAACCAUCAGAAAUCGUAGACUGGACAUUGCGCUCGCUGGUCUAUCACUUAACCUCAUCUCUGGUUGUCUAAUGGCGUUUGCAGAACCCUUACACGCCCAGUUGGCAGGCUACUACAUUUUUGGUAUCUCCCCAAUUCCUUACACCUGUAUCUUAAGCAUGGUUGCUUCCAAUAGUGCAGGCCAUUCUAAAAAGGUUUUUAUGGGCGCAAUUUCUAUGAUAGGUUACUGCACCGGCAACCUAAUUGGACCUCAGACUUUCCGUGAAUCUCAAGCACCUCAAUAUCAAGGCGCCAAGACCGCCAUUGUUGGCUGCUAUUGUAUUGCUUUCUUAAUCUUAAUAGCAAUCUACAUUGUUAACGUGCGUGAGAACAAAAGGCGUGACGCCUUGAAUGAGAAACUUCCCGCUGAAAUGGUAAACUCGGAGUUUGCAGAUCUCACCGACUUUCAAAAUCCGGAAUUCAGAUAUGCUAUCUGA